AUGACCGUCUCCUAUCAAGGGGCCGACGAGCGAUACCCGUUGAGCAGCCCAAUGGAUUGGUCCUUGCUUACGAUCCCAUCAGCGCAUCUGUCUCACAAGAUGUCCUCGUCCUCACCGCCCUCCUCGGCCCCACCAACAACCCAACGUUUCGCCCGGCAACGCCAUCCAUACGCCGGCACAAACACCUUGGCUUUACGGGCCGGUGGUCUUGCUGCGAGGCGGAGCAUGCUGCUACGAAAGGCGGCAGUUGCUCCUCUAGUACUGCUCGAAGACCCUCUGGUCCCACGCAAUGAUACCGUCGAGCUGUUCGAGGAAGACAUGAGCCUGGCCCGCUCCAACGUGGGUAAGUGGGUAGCCAGGAGUCCUCAAUCGGCGACCUUUGCGAGCGCAUCUACACGAAGGCCAAGCCUCCAGCGAAGGGCGAGCCAGAUCAUGAAUCUGCCACACUUCCAAAGCUCUGCGUCAAGCUUGGACCAAAGCUCGCCUACGGAAAUCGUUAGCAGCUCUGUGGCCUCAACACCCUCGACCCGGCGACGUCCAAGCAUUGCCAUGAGUGAAGACUCCAGCCUCGGUCUGAUCCUCAAUCUCAAGAGCAAGCCAAGCAAAGCGGCAGAAAGGGACAGAGCUGCCACCGCAGUUUUGGCGCCUCAGACGCCUUCGAGGACCACGUCGCUGCCUCGACCCUCACUGCAGUCGUUGGCAGAGCAGCCUGCAAAUCGUAGCGAGGACGGCAACAUGCACCCUUCGCCUACGAAGUCCUAUGAAGAUGUGGCUACGCCAGCGAAGGCCACAACGACGCCGAAAACGUCAUCAAAGCCUCGGACCCUACGCAACGUCAAGAGUGCAGGCGCACUGGUCUUGGGCCGCAAGACUACGAAGCAGCAACACCAGCCCCGCGUUAGUUCGGGCCACGACCAGAAGUCACUGGGUCGGAUAGGCAGCUUUUCCCUUCCUUACAAGUCUGCCUCUCUGGCGCCACGAAGCAAAGUUCGGCCACCGAUGCUCGUAUUGACGCCUCCUGCACCGAGGGCGCCUACCAUGUCGACCGUCGGCAGGGCGGAGCCCUCGUCCGCGGGGACAGGCACUCGCACCUCGCCCUCCAUCGCCGGGAAGGCAGUCUCGCCUGUGUCUUCGGUGACGUCUAGCCCACGCAAAAGUCCACUCCGGUGUGCGUCACCGCCGCCGCAGCCCCCACCGCCAACCAUUGCGCUGCCACUCCUGCCCUCACCGAGCCUGAAGGACGUGGUACCCCCACUCAGGCCACGAACAGCGCCAUUGUCACCCGUUCUGCCUCCUAUUGCGGCAGGAGGUCCUCUCAAGUUGCUAGACUUCAUCAGGCCAAGGAGUGAGCAUAGAGAGGAGGGUCAAACCAGCCAUGAGUCUCAUGCCAAAGCCAGCUCCAACGAAAUCGAGCCACGGUCAGCACACCCGUACAGUGGCGCCGAAUCUUGUUCCCCACCUGUCACGCCUACCACGCCAACCAGAACGGGCAGCUACGGUCUUGAAUCAGCAUCGGGCACCUGGCCUCCACGCGGGUUGAGGAUGCGCAGCGUUUUACCAACACUGCCCGCUGGCUUUGUCCCCCCCUCGAGUCAUUUCUCAAUGACACCUCCCUCGCCCUCGACACCCGUACAGUCAGCAUCUUUGGCUACCGAAACGGCCCUCGCGAGCUCCUCAAUAGCAGCUCCACCACCACUCCUGUCCCCACCCCUCGCUCUCUCCACUCCGCCAAUCGUGUCUCCUACCCCCUCCAUUGCCUCCUCCCACCCAUCCACCGCAGGGUACUUCGGCGCCCCUCAGCUCGCGCUGGCCGACCUAGAGAACCUAGCACAAGACUGGCCUUCCUACACGGGUGACUUCUUCUUGACAGCCGAUGAAGAGCAGCAAGGGGGACCUGGCGGUACCGGCAGGAAGGGGGUAUCGAGCUUCAUGUCGCUAGGCUCGACGAUGAGUCAGACCCAGAGCAGAGAUACUGCCGCAUGGCCAACUACGGAUGAUGUGCCUUUCUGCAGGCAGACUGCGUCGGUGGAAGAGGAGCAGGAUACUUCGCUGCCUCCAACUUCAGCCGCUCGAUCCUGCCGGACUCCGACUGCGGCGAGCUUUACUUCACCCGGCCAUGCUCCUCCUGCUCGAGCUCCCGCUCCUCUGGCCUUACCUAACUCCUCGGACUUGGCAGCAGCAGCGGCGGCGGCGGCGGCUUCACAAAGGCCACCAAGGUCACCUAGCCGUGUGAAGGCAAAACCAUUCAAACUCGUCCCAAAGAGCCUCUCCCCAAAGGCGUGGACAUCGGCGUCGUCGUUGCCCUCGGCGAUCAGCGCUUCAAAAUCUCCUUCAUCUGUCGACACGGGCAAGCAGACAAAGCCGAAGGCCAAUGUCAGGUCAGCAGCACCUCGAGAGGGUGAGGGUAAGAGUAAGCCUCGAUCCUUGGCUACUGCGCCCAAUAUGGAGCUAGCUCUCUUGACUUGGAUUGGGUAG